AUGGCUGACCCCAUCCUGAACAGCCCACGCUCUAUAGAGGCUUGUCGGAUGCUUGGCGUGGAGCCCGACGAGCUCAUUCAACGUCCACUUGAGUACUUUACCCGUUUGUCGAAAGGUAAGGAUCGGGAAUUCGUCAAUAAACGAGCUGCGAGGUACGAGAAGAGUCGGCAAAUUCAGCUGCGCAAUGUGCGAACGCAACGUCACGAGCUCAUGCAGGCGCAACUGGAUGGAGGUCACGGUACUAUGUCGAUGAGAACACGUAGUUUCUGUCACUCCCCCGUGGGGGCAGCUCGUCUUGGCUUUGGGACUUUACCCAGCUGCUGUUUAGCCUCCGUGCAAGAUUUCUCCGUGAUCGGACGAGAGAAACGAGAACUGGAACGGAUUCAACAGCGACAAGCUCUUGAGCUGCAACAAAUGCUCAAUUUUGAGUUUAAGAUGGCCGAACUUCAUCAGGAACGAGAGAGGAAGGAACGAGAACAAAAAAGAAGAGAAGAACAGUUCGCUUUGGAACGUACGCGACGACAACGACAAGCGGACGAGCAACGACGGAAGCGAGAGCUCGAACGAGCCGAACAGCAUCGUAUCGAGCUCGAAUUGGCUAGAAAACAAGCUCAAGAGCAGCAGAAAGAGACCAUGCGACGCGAGCAACGGACCAAGCAAGAAGAAGCUCGUCGACAACGUGAUGCUCAGCUCAGUGAGAGAGAACGGCAACGUCAUCAGGAAGAAGCCAGAGUUCAGAACGAGAUGUACCAGCUCGCUCAAGAACGAGAAGCUUCUCGAAAGCUGAAAGAAAUGCAAGAACGAGAAGAGAGAUUGACACAAGAACGAGAGCGACAGAAGCAUCUUAAAGCUCGAGAACUAGCAGACAAGCAGGCUCGAAACACGGCGCGUAUCGCUAAUGUACUGCAAGAGAAAGACUUGCAGCGUAAGUAUCAGCUCGAAGAAGCAGCGCGUAAACAGCACCAGAGUGAAGAACGACGUCAAGCGUUUGAAGAAGAACGUAGAGCGAAAGAAGAAGAAGUGCGACUGCAAGGACUGCGCAAGAAAGAGACGAUCGAAGGCGUUCAACACCAGCUAGCACUGAUUGAAGAAGAACGUCGAGAGCGUCUAAGAGAACAAGAACGACAGGCGCAACUUCGACUCAUGCAGCGUGAACGGGAGAAACAACAGCAGGUAGAAGCCCAGCAACGUGAAGAGCGAAGACUCGAGAGUGAGCGACGUCGAGCGUACGAACGUAUGGAGUCUCAACUGCACGAGAAACAGUCGGCUAUUCUUCGCAAGACGGAAGAGAAGGCGAUGAUAGCACAGAGGAUGCAGGAACAGAAGCACGCGUCGGUACGAGCUCGUCUUCAAGACGCCAAACUACGCGAGGAAGAGAUCCAGAAUGCUCUUAUACGUAAGAACAAACAAGACGAGUACCGUACUCACUUGCUACUUUCUCGUAUUGAGACGGACAACCAUCGUAUCCAGCACCUCAAAGAACAUCGAGAAAACCUCAUUCGUCGACGACAGCAGAUCAAGCAAAUGGCUAGUCGACAGAAGCAUGAAAUUCUUGAGAGUUUUUACAAGAUGAAAGUCACGAAGAAGAUGGAGUUACCCAAACAUAUCACAGCUAAUAUGACUGUUAUUCGACCACGUUCAGCGUCUGCUGCGAUGUCUAAUACCCGGUCGAUAGACGAUGCGAAUCCCAGAGCAACGCCAAGGACAAGUAGAAGACCGAUGAGUGCAGUAGCGAGACGGCCACGUAGUGCUGCGACACGUCGUCGACCUGUUACGAGUCGAGAUCGCCAGAGUCCGUCGGAUUCGGACUCGUGCGUUGGUCCUUACAGUGCUGAUGAUUUAGAGAAAGCGCAAGAAGUGGACGAAGAGGAGAAACGUGUUGCUGCGAUUAAUGAACUCCGAAGACGACAAAAUGAAGAGCUGUUGAAAGUUCUAGAGGAAGAACAUCACGCUGAAGAGCAGCGAGAACAUCUGCUGCGUCAGGGGAGUUCUGCUCGACGUGAACGUGUACGAUUGGAGAAACUUUUCGAUAAGGAACGAGCUCUCGCGAGUGAACGCAUCAUGCUACUCACUGACCGCCACGAACGCGCGUUGGCAGCAAAGAUGGAUGAACUGCCCAAUAGUGAUGGCUAGAUCGUCACAGUUUCUGAUGCUCGCAUUUCAAAGCUACUCAACAAUACGGCAUUCCGGUUAAUUUGGGUUAAACAUUUUUUUCCAAUAGCUUCUGUCGAUUGAUGCUGAUCGAGGGAAAUAUCGACUGCUAACACGAGAGAUCUAUUUCGGGUUGUCCCAGUCUCCGGUUUCAAUCGAGAUAAUGACCCCCCGUUUUCAGCACUC